GCCCUGGUGCAGCCCAAGUCCAACCCCGACCAUCAUCCCUCUCCAGUUUGGGAACCACCAUUCCAUCUCCUUCCUCUCCUCCCGUGGGCGGCGGCGGCGGCUGCAGAUCGGAGCAAGGACGCAGCAAGGUAACUCCAUCCAUCCAUCCAUCCCUCCCUCCCCAGGUCCGCGGCCAGGAUGGUGGACGCGUGGUGGCCGCUGCUCGCCGCGGCCGUCCCAGCCAUCGUGGCCGGCCAGGCCAUCCGCGUGAAGCGGCGGCGCGACGAGGAGCAGCGCCUCAAGGCGGCGCGGGGGCGCGAGAAGAGCUCCGACGAGGUCUUCGUCUGCGAGCGCGUCUGCACCUCCAAGCGGAUGCUCAAGAAGGUGGGCGCCUUCUCCAAGGACCCCAUCCCGGACACCUGCGUCACCGUCUGCGGCGUCUCCGAGCUCGACGCCUGCGCCGACGCCUGCGGGCGCACCGUCUGCGUCAACCAGCACCAGGUGCCCAACUGGAACGACGUCUGCCUCAAGCGCUGCCAGAGCGAGUGCCUCAAGCUCUCCUCCACCGUCAUGUAGUAGCCAGUUGCCGCGCCCCUUAUCCUGAUGCGGUCUGUCCUGCUUCAGUUUACUUUCCUGCCUAGAGACUUCAGACAUCUGUGGCUGUCAGUUUAUAUAUCCGCAGCGGAGGAUCGGAGAAAUCCGAGUGAAAUGGGCUUAUCCUCGUUGUUAUGCUCGGUUCAUUCCAUCGAUUCUUUGAAAAAUUGACCUCUGCACAUAUCUUUUGUCGAGUUGAAUCAUGGUUUGCUAGCUAGCUAACCUACCAUGCCCUGAUUUGAUAGGCGUAAAUGAGGCCCGGUUCGCCCUUUUGGAUGAAAUAUUUGCACUGUUGAAAUC